GAGAGUGAUCUGUGCGAUGCGAACCGGUAAAAGAAGCCCAGGUGUUGGUUAUUUCACCUGCCUGCACUGUUUCUGAUCAUCUUCAUAUUAGUUUUUUAAUACUGCUCAGGGAGGAUGAAGGGUUUUUCACUCGGCAUCUGUGUCCUCUGGGCGAUGUUGCAGCGGAGCAACAUGCAAAUUGCUUUACCUGCCACAGCGUUAAACUGCUGUGAAGGGGAUAUUCUCCUUCUGCUGGACUCUUCAGGAAGCGUAGCAAACUACGAGUUCUUACACCUGUUGCUCUUCGCUACCGAGCUGCUUCGCCCCUUCUCAUUGGGCCGUGGGCAUGUAAGAGUCGGGCUGCUGCAGGUGGGCACAAACCCUAACCUGGAGUUCAGCCUGGAUGUCCACAACAAUCAGGAAACUCUGCAGAAAGCUCUGCAGAAUGUCACCCAGCUGCAGGGCGACACCAACACAGUGGCGGCGCUUAAGGUGGCCCAGGAGCUUCUGACAGAGACGGACAAGGACGUGCCAAAGAUACUGCUGUGGCUGACUGAUGGUGUGCAGCCUGGAGACGUGAACAAGCUGAUGUCUGAGCUGAAGGCGCAGGGAGUUUCUGUUUUAGCUGUUACUACAGUACAUGGCAACUACCAGGUGUUACAACGUGCAGUGACACCUCCAGUGCAGUCUCAUCUCUACUCUGUGGACAUAGAGAACAUAGAAAUCAUCACAGAGGACCUGAGGGAGGCCAUUAUCGAAAUUAUUCGUGCAGAGCGGCUGCGCGUGGUUGACUUGACUUCCCAUAGUGCUGUGCUGCAGUGGCGUCCUGUUCUGACCAUAGAGAGCGGUUACUAUGAGCUCUGGUACAACUCUAUGUUGAAAAUGGACAAUGAAAUUAGACGCAUUCUGCCAGGUGGCUCUAGUUGGGUGGAGCUGACCAACCUGCAGCCUGACACCACCUACACAGCCACCCUACGUCCAGAGUCCAACCAGAGGCUGUUUAACACACUCUCUGUUAACUUCACCACACUUCCUGAUGUUCUCAGCCCGACAGUGGUCUCCGUGUCAGACUCUGGCCCUCGUCAGAUCCGUGUGAGCUGGGGUCCACUGCAGCUGGCUCGAGUCCAGAGAUAUACGGUGGAGUAUGGAGCUAUUCCAAGCGGAGACGUCCACACCGUGACAUUCAACAGCCAGCAGAACUCUACGGUUCUGACCGGCCUGGAGCCGGACACUCAGUACCUGGUCACAGUCAGCGCUCUGCAUGUGAAUGGAAAAGAAAGAGCCAUGACUGUCAGGGCAUGCACUCAAGAGGCACCUCUGCCAGCCCUGGACGACCUUCAGUUGACCCCGGUGGAGCGUCAGGAGGUUCAGGUAGCGUGGCAGGCCCACCAGGAAGGUUUGAAAGGCUACUGGCUGAGCUGGGAGACAGAAAACUCCCACAGCAUAAAGCCAUCCAUGUCCUCCGUCUACCUGCCUCCCACCUCUCGUUCAACACGUCUCACGCACCUUGCACCAAACAGUCGAGUGUGUGUGUCCCCGGUCUACAGCUCCGGCCGAGGAGACGGGUUGUGCUGCACUGCAGAGAGGCACACAGGUUGGCUGAGCUGA